AUGUCACAACUCGCAACUAUGGUUACCUUCUUGGAUCUUCCCGUGGAGCUCCGCCUGCAAAUCGCAGCAUACGUUCUGGAGCAACCACGCCAUGCUGGUUUGGUUUGGAAAGGCACAACGGCCGACGUAUACAAAGGAUUCGUUCCAGACACGGCCUAUCACUCAGCGCCCAACCUCAACCUACUCCUCGUCUGUCACUCCUUUCGCAACGACUGUUCCAGGCUUGCUUAUGAAAGGACGACCUUUUUUCCUGGGUCCAAUGUCAAUGAGCACAUUUGUCGUUGCCCACCUGCACGGCUACAAGAUCUCCGCAAAUUAAUUGUGCCCUUUGAGCCAUUCGAGGCAUUGAUACGACAAAGCCCCAGCAACUUCUUCGCAAAUGACUCCUUGAGACUGGAGCGACUGACCGUUAUCCAUUUCGAUGGUUGGAACGCCAAAACUCACACCAAAGUCAUGGUGGACUUUAUGCGCCGAGUGGAAAACAUCAGGUCCAUCAUCAUUACCCUCCGGGACGACAACGUCGUCCACAAGCAUCGAAAACAGUGUUGUGCACUGGUGGGGGCAAUCUUGAAAGAAGACCACUUCCAAAGAUAUGACGCACAAGAUGCCCCGAAGCUCGAAAAAACUUGGUGGACUUGGAGUUACAAUCAUCAUCUCCAAACAUUCAACUUUACUGCGCAGUCAGCGAAGACCGUCAUGGAAGAGGAGGCUUAUAUGAAUGAUGUGGCGCCGUUGAUACAGAGUCUCAUGGAUGACUUGCAAUCUAUGGAUCUUCCACCUGCAGUUCUGGUGGAAGAUGGAUGA